CCCUGUCACUGCUCUGUGUGUGUUCAGUACCGCAGUCGUAGCUGUGGGAGCAACUUAAUUCAGUCUCUCCUGGAUUAUUCCAACAGAUCCAUUUUUACAACCUCUUCUACCUUUUGGCAGGUUUUUACCCAUUUUCCUCUCCUCUCUAGUUCUUAUUUUGCUGCAGUUCACAUUUGACGACUCCUCAUUACUUCCUUUUUAUUGUUUGAAGAAUCACCUAGAAAUGAAAUUUAUUCAGCACAGCUUUUUUUUUUUUUUUUUUAAUCUUUUCCCCCAUCUCCUCCCCCCUCGUUCACCAAGUGAUCGAAGCAGCCAAAAUCCAAGUGAUCACAGGAGGGGCACGUUUUUCCUCACUUUUUUUAACUCCCAUUUUUGCUCUGCCAUAUGUUGGGUCACCCACUACAAAAGACUCACGACGAAGAGGCCCCAUGUGAUCAGCAGAUUUACAGCUUGCCCGAAAAUGAAAGCAGAAAAUGAAAUUCCAGAGUGCCUCUUUGCGUGUGACGCGUGUGAACAUCUGAGAAUUUGGGUUCCUGGGUGUGAGCAGGCUUUGGCUUCCAGAUAAUUCCGGUGCCUGUAAUAAAGGUGUUCCGUGUGCGCCGAGGGGGUUAAUUAAUGGUGCUCCAAACCAGCCCUGCCUGGGUUUGUUUCUGUGCAUCACCAGAAUAUUCUCUCUCCAGGGCUUUGAAGAUGGGCUGCCUCGCAGUGAAGACUUAACUGGUGAUUAAAUUCUCCCUGAAGCACCGGGACUCCCGUGGAACAUGGGGCUGCUCCGCGCCCGGGACGCUGCGUGGCGGAGGAAAGGAUGUGUGACCGCGGCCCCGUCAGAGCAGCGACGACUCCUGUGAGACAUGGAUAGAUGCAAACAUGUCGGGCGGCUACGACUCGCCCAGGACCACUCGAUCCUGAACCCCCAGAAGUGGCAGUGCGUGGACUGCCAGACCACGGAGUCGCUCUGGGCCUGCCUCAAGUGCUCGCACGUGGCCUGCGGGCGGUACAUCGAGGAGCACGCGCUGCGCCACUUCCAGGAGACGCGGCACCCCCUGGCCAUGGAGGUGCACGACCUGUACGUGUUCUGUUACCUCUGCCAGGACUACGUCCUCAACGACAACCCCGAGGGGGACCUGAAGCUGCUGAGGAGCUCCCUGUCGGCCAUCAAGGGGCAGAGGCAGGACGCCCCGGGGCGCGGGGGGCGGACGCUGCGCUCCAUGGCGCUGGGGGAGGACGCGCGCGGCCGCCGCAGGAGCCCCCCGGGGCAGUCCCAGAUGCUCACGGCGCUCUGGCACCGGCGCCAGGCCCUGCUGGCGAGGGCGCUGCGGACCUGGUUCGACAAGAGCUCUCGGGGGCAGCUGAAACUGCAGCAGAAGAAGCAGCUGGAGGAGCUGGAGAAGAAGAAGGAGGCGGCUCGGCAGCGGCGGCAGGAGAUGAAGAGGCAGCUCCUGGAGGAGCUGGCGAACACCCCCCCCAGGAAGAGCGCGAGGCUGCUGUCCCACGUGCACAGGGAGAACUUGAUUCCAAGGAAAUUCAGGGAGGUGGCCUCCUCCCCUACCUCAAGGCAGGUGCAGAGCAGCAGGUUCAGACAGUUCUACUCCAUCCGGCGCCAGCCCCUCAUGACGCCCGGGGUGACGGGGCUGAGGAACCUGGGGAACACGUGUUACAUGAACUCCAUUCUGCAAGUGCUGAGUCACCUCCAGAAGUUCAGAGAAUGUUUUCUGACACUCGAUCUCUGUGAAACAGAAGAACUCUUGGCUAAAACUGUGAACGGGAGGGCCAGGAUCCCUGGCAAACUGGCAAAUGGGUCUGCUGCUAAUGAGUCAGGGAAGACUGACAAAGUGGGAUCAUCUGGCACGCAGAGCUCGCCAGCUGGCUUAAAUGGGAGCUCCUCCAUAAGCCGGAGCUUAGAACUGAUCCAGCCCAAGGAGCCGAGCUCAAAGCACAUCUCCCUCUGCCACGAACUGCACACCCUCUUCAGAGUGAUGUGGUCUGGCAAGUGGGCCCUCGUGUCCCCCUUUGCCAUGCUGCACUCCGUGUGGAGCCUGAUCCCGGCCUUCCGGGGCUACGAUCAGCAGGACGCUCAGGAAUUCCUCUGCGAGCUGUUGGAUAAAGUCCAGCAGGAGCUGGAGUCGGAAGGAACGAAGCGCAGGAUCCUCAUCCCCUUCUCGCAGAGGAAGCUCACCAAGCAGGUCCUCAAGGUGGUCAACACCAUCUUCCACGGGCAGUUGCUCAGCCAGGUCACCUGCAUAACGUGCAACUACAAAUCCAACACCGUGGAGCCCUUCUGGGACCUUUCCUUGGAGUUCCCCGAGCGCUACCACUCCCUGGAGAAGGGCAUUGUCCCAGUGCAGCAGGCAGAGUGCCUGCUGACAGAGAUGCUGGCCAAGUUCACCGAGACCGAGGCGCUGGAGGGGAGGAUCUACGCCUGCGACCAGUGCAACAGCAAACGGCGAAAGUCUUCUCCUAAACCUCUUGUUCUGAGUGAAGCUAAAAAGCAGUUGCUGAUCUACAGACUACCUCAGGUCCUCCGGCUGCACCUUAAACGCUUCAGGUGGUCUGAGCGCAAUCACCGCGAGAAGAUCGGGGUCCAUGUCCUCUUUGACCAGGGUUUUGGGUCCACUGCAAUGACUCCAAACUGAAUGUAUGUAGCGUGGAGGAGGUGUGCAAGACCCAGGCCUACAUUCUCUUUUACACUCAAAGAACGGUGCAGGACGGAGCAGGAAUCUCAGAAAGACAACUCCAAGCUCAGGUGCCACCCAGAAACAGUGAGAAGGACGGCA